AUGGCGAGGCUCAGCCGGCGCGUCCCUUGCACCCUGCUCCUCGGCCUGGCCGCGGUGCUGCUGAAGGCGAGGCUGGUCCCCGCGGCCGCCAGAGCCGAGCUCAGCCGCUCCGACCUCAGCCUCAUCCAGCAGCAGCAGCAGCGGCAGCGGGAGGAAGCCGAGGAAGAGAGGCCGGAGGUGCCCGGGGCAUCCUCCACAGUCGCCGCUCCAGUGUCUGUAUUUAUGCUGAAAGUCCAGGUGAAUGACAUCAUCAGUCGUCAGUACCUGAGUCAAGCAGUUGUAGAAGUGUUUGUAAACUACACAAAGACAAAUUCCACAGUAACUAGAAACAAUGGAGCAGUGUUGAUAAGAGUACCCUACAAGUUAGGACUCAGCUUGACCAUUAUUGCUUACAAAGAUGGCUACGUGUUGACACCUCUACCUUGGAAGACCAGAAGAAUGCCAAUAUAUUCAUCAGUUACACUUUCAUUGUUCCCACAAAACCAAGCAAAUAUAUGGCUAUUUGAAGACACUAUUUUAAUUACUGGAAAAUUAGCUGAUGCCAAAUCUCAACCAAGUGUUCAGUUUUCAAAAGCCUUAAUUAAACUACCCAACAACCAUCAUAUUAGCAAUGUUACAGGCUACCUUACAGUUCUACAACAGUUUUUGAAAGUGGAUAAUUUUCUGUAUACAACUGGCAUUACUCUCAAUAAGUCAGGUUUUGAAAGCAUUGAAUUAACUCCUCUUGCUGCAAUAUGUGUGAAAAUAUAUUCUGGAGGAAAAGAAUUAAAGGUGGAUGGCUCUAUUCAAAUUUCUCUUCCUCUUCUACAUACAAAUGAUGUGAGUGCAGGGGAUCACAUACCUGCCUGGACAUUUGAUAUGAACACAGGUGCGUGGGUAAAUCAUGGCCAGGGAAUGGUCAAGGAAUAUAACAGUCAUUUAAUUUGGACAUAUGAUGCACCACAUUUGGGCUACUGGAUAGCAGCUCCACUUCCAGGAACUAGAGGGUCAGGUAUAAAUGGAGAUUCAAAGGACAUAACUGCCUACCACACAGUAUUUCUCACAGCCAUAUUAGGAGGAACAAUAGUCAUUGUCAUUGGAUUUUUUGCUGUACUUCUUUGUUAUUGCAGGGAUAAGUGUGGUACUCCACAGAAAAGAGAAAGAAAUACCACUAAACUUGAGGUCCUCAAGAGAGACCAGACAACUUCAACAACUCACAUAAAUCACAUCAGUUCAGUCAAAGUUGCAUUAAAGACUGAGGACAAAUCACAGUUAUUCAAUGCCAAAAGCUCCUCGUACAGCCCUCCGAAAAAGGAAUCAUCCAAGGUGGAAGCAGAAGAAAGAAUUUCCAUGGUGAAAACUCGGGAUAAUUUAAAAAUCUACAACGAAGAUGUUUCAUUUCUGUCAGUUAAUCAAAAUAAUUACUCCAGAAACCCAGCACAGUCUUUGGAGCCCAAUGUAGGGUCCAAACAACUUAAACAUGUUAACAACAAUAUGUCUUCGUCUCUAGGUGAUACGCAAGAGGAAAAGAGGUAUCUCACAGGUAAUGAAGAGGCAUAUGGGCAUUCCCACAUUCCAGAACAGAUCAUGCACAUCUACAGCCAGCCCAUAGCCAUCCUUCAAACAUCUGACCUCUUCCCCACUCCAGAGCAGUUGCAUCCUGCUAAGUCAGCUACUCUGCCGAGAAAGGGACAGUUAGUCUAUGGCCAACUGAUGGAGCCAGUAAAUAGAGAGAACUUUACACAGACAUUACCGAAAAUGCCAAUGCAUUCUCAUGCCCAGCCCCCAGAUGCCAGGGAAGAGAAUAUCCCACUGGAAGGUCAACAGAGUUUGCCAUCCCAAACUUCAGAUUGGAGCCGAUAUUCAAACAGCCUCCUCGAAUCUGUUUCUGUCCCUGGAACACUAAAUGAAGCUGUUGUAAUGACUCCCUUUUCAUCAGAGCUUCAAGGAAUUUCAGAACAGACCCUCCUAGAACUGUCCAAAGGAAAGCCCUCCCCCCACCCCAGAGCCUGGUUUGUGUCUCUUGAUGGAAAGCCGGUCGCACAGGUGAGGCACUCCUUCAUAGACCUGAAAAAGGGCAAGAGAGCCCAGAGCAAUGACACGAGUCUGGACUCUGGGGUGGACAUGAAUGAGCACCACUCAAGUAGGAAACUGGAGAGGGAGAAAACGUUCAUCAAAAGCAUGCAUCAGCCUAAGAUCCUUUACUUAGAAGACUUAGACCUGAGCAGUAGUGAGAGUGGAACCACUGUCUGCUCUCCAGAGGACCCAGCUUUAAGGCACAUCCUAGAUGGAGGGAGUGCAGCUAUCAUGGAGCACCCUGGGGAAGAGUCCCCAGGAAGAAAAAGCACCGCUGAAGAGUUUGAAGCCAAUAUAUCCCCCACUAAGAAAAGGGGCAGACCACCACCACUAGCCAAGAGAGAGAGCAAAACUAACAUCUGGAAGAAGCGAGAGGAACGCCCACUGAUUCCCAUAAAUUAACACCAAGAGUGGUUGUGUCUGUUGUCUUGUGCUGUUUAUUCUUGCUUUUUAUUGUAAACUGCUGUGUGAACUUCUGAAGAAGCUGAGACUGAGCAAUCUCAUGGUCCCUGGACAUGUCUCAAGCAGAGUAAAUAGUGAAAUGGUAAUUCAGUAGUGAGAAAGAUACCAAGAAAUGCUUUUUUCUGGCCUAUGCUUAUUUAUUUAUUUUUGGGUGAUGAAUUUGAAGUAUCUGAGGGUUCAAAAUGUAAAAUAGUAUCCGAAAUUGUUGCUCAGUCAUCAAGUUGAGCCCUGACUCUGAAGAAUAACAGUGAAAAGUAUACUCCUAAAGUUGCUUUCAAAAAUAUUGCUUCUGCUUUGACAACCCCUGUGAAACAUUUAGAAAUGAAACUGUAUUACUCUCGUGAAAUGUUACUAUUAUAUUCUCCACUGCAUAUACUUGAAAAUAACUGGAUAAAUGUUCUGGAUUGAUGUUAUUCUAGAGUUCAAAGGCCAAACCACAUCUUCUUUCAUUUUUAAACAGCAUGUAUAUUGUAUCAACCCAAAAGUAAAUUCCAUACUCACCUAAAAUGGGCAAGAAGCUACUUGGUUGUUAGAGAGGGAAAUGCCAGCUCUUUGGUUGUUUUUAGAUAAAACUUCACAGAAUAAAAAGGUGUUAGUUUAUCUAGAAAUCUGAGAAAUGAAUGUUCUGAUACUGAAUUUUUAUUUAAAAAUUUCUUACCCCCUUCCCCAUCACCAAAAGGGAAAUGAGCUUAGCUGUCAAGAAAAAUUUUUACCAGUCUUUAAAAAGAAAAUCGUUCCUCCGCCUCCCCAAUCUUUAAGGCUCACUGAUACAUACAGACUGAAAUCCGUUUUAAGAUAUUUCUUCUAUUCAAAAAAUAGUCACUUAAACUAUUAAACUUGAUUUUAAGAAAUCAAUGAAUUGAAAAUUUCUUAUAAACAUCCAAACUUAAAAUAUGUGGAGCUAAAGGAAAUAAACAUUUCAAUUUUUUCUGAAAUGUCAAGCAGAAAAAACAUGCCAUUUCUCUUGAGAUUCAAGAAUAUCUUCAGGAUCCCAGGUAUACAUCCAGAUUUCUUUAUUGCUGACAUUCUAAAAAAUGUUUGGGAACAACAGUUUCAAUUUCACAGGAGAAGUAAAAGAUUUUUCUUAAAUCACUUAAAUGCUUUUAACUUAUAUAACAUUUUUUCCAGAUUUGGAAGUAAUAUAUUCUUUUCAUCAUAGCAGAGAAUUAGUGUGAACACGUUCAACAGCCAUUUUCAAUUUUAAGUGCUUUCAACUCUGAAUUAUCAUACAUGUCCUAAAAAUGAAACUUUGUUAAUUAAAAUCAACUCAUCUCAUUUUUCUUAAAAUUUCCAUAAAGGCAAAUGUCUGAAGCAGCUUACCCUUUUCCUUGGGGGGGUGGGGGGAAAUGAAACUAAAUUGCUUUAUUUCUCAUGCACUACUAAUUAAGAUGAGAGCAACAUAGAGACCCAAGGCACAUAAACAAGUUGUAAGAACUAAAAUUAACCACAUUAGCUUCAGUCAAACUGUAGAUAGAUAUACAGCAAAAGACAACAGCUUUUCCCCCAAGACAGUAGACUUCAGCCAGGUUUUUCCUGUAACCAUUUCUGAAGCAUGUAAUUGUCAGAUAACAUUCCUUUCUGUAUUAACCCAAAGAAUUUAAAGAUCUAGGUAAAGGUUUGCUAUAUUCUACCCCAAUCCAUAGAAGAGAGAAAUGUUUUGGUUAAUACCUACAUUUACUUUUUUGAGGGAGGGGUGAUAAGGUCCAAAAUUAGAGGCAGUUUCUUACUGGUUUUACACAGAAAGAUGUAUUAAAGGUGACGUAAAUGAAAAUGAUUUGGAAAAGGUUAAGGAGUUAGUGCUCUGCUGAAGUGCCUUUGAUAUAGACUUGCUUUAUUAGAAGGAUAUGAUAACAUCUUUCUUAAAUGUGCAUUUUCUUUCUGUUAGCCAAAUUAAACAGAUGUGCAGUUUUAUUAAAAAUAUAGAUCUAGUGUUUCACGUUGGAACAAUGAAUUUUGCAUGCCAGUAACAUCUCUUUGUGUAUUCUUUUUUCAAUCUAGGUUGGAAUGAAGUUAGAAACUAUAUAGUAAUAUACUGAACUUUGACAUUUUAAGUGUAUAUUUUUCCCACCCUUAAAAAUGUUCAGUCUCUCAUCUUGGUAAUGGAAUACACACUUUGAUAUAAGGGUGUGCCAUUAAGGUAUGCCACUUACUCAUUCUUGUGAAAAGGAAAUGAGAAGAUGUAUCCCCAAGGGCUUUUCUAGAAAUACUUUUAUUGGUUUCAGAAUAAAACCUUAUUUUUUUAUACACUGCACAUUCUGUUCUCAAUUGGGAAGUAUAGGUAAUUUAUCUUUUUCUAAUGAUCCAAAAUGUGUAACUUCUCAUUUGUGAGUAGUUCACAAAUUUCCUGUUAAAGAGCUGAAGCCAUCUACUUUUUCUUAACCCAAGUGAUAAUAAACCGGCAAUAUUCACAACUUUCUUAAAAUUUUUAAAUUGAAAACCACCACAGUUUUUUGCAAAUGAAAACCUUGAGAAUUUUAGUCACAAAUUGUUAACAUUUGUGGAUCCUUUGUAUAUACUUUGGAUAUAACUUAAAAGCAAAAUUAUCCCUCAAUGAACUGAUGGAUUCAUUUACUAAAGCACAGCUAUAUGUAUUUUUGAAUACAUAUGAUCUUGAAUUUGUAAAAUCCAUUUGUAUGACAUUUAUGCAAUUGUAUAGGGAUUAUGCCCUUUUAUAAUACACAGUAUAUACCACGAAGGUCACAAAUGUUGAGGAAUAAAAGCACUUCUUUGCUUUGGCAAUCAUUUUCAGAUCACUUUCUGUAUGUUUGAAUCCUCUGGUAUCAAUACAUAAAAGUUUUGGGGAUCUUUGGGUCCAAUAAUGCCCCUCAAAACUUCCAGGAAGGUGAAGCUCAAAGUUACAUGUUCAUUUAUAGGGAAUGAGUUACUCAUUUCUCCACGUACUAGAGUUGUAAAGAAUUUAACUAUGUUAAUUUCCAUCUCAGAACUAGAGUUGACGUUUUGCCCUCUGUUUCCAGGUGUUUCUAUCUUUUGUAUUCUCUCAUCAGAGGAAUCUCACAUUUCAGUGUAUUUAUGCCAUCACUACUAUAUUUACUGCUGGAAACUGUUAAAAAUCUGAAGAUUUGUAAAAAUGUUAAACAGUUCAUUAAAGAUAAUAAAAUCUAAAAAU